AUGAGUCGACUCGGCGCAAGACUGCCGGAGAGGAUAAGGGCUUCUGACAUUGGACAUCUCUCCACGUCGCAGUAUAACGUUCGACCAGAGGCAGAGACAACAUCAUCGUCCACAGCACAAAGACCGACCGGGUCGCCUCGAGCCUGCGGCCGCCUCAGAAGCUCGAUGGCGGCCAGGCACGGCCACGCGGAGGCCGGAUCGGAUAUUCUUUGCGUCGCCGCCGCUGAACUCUUUUAUGUGCGGCGAAGCGCGCGGCGAGUUUCACGAAUCGUUGCCGAUGAAGGUGGAGGCUUCAGAGAAGCCGCCGCUCAUAGAACAGCUCAUGCCCAGUACCGCACGCCGCGCAUCACCGAGCACCCGUCGGACAUGAUCGUGGCGAAGAACGAGCCGGUGACGCUCAACUGCAAGGCGGAGGGCAAGCCCGAGCCGUCCAUCGAGUGGUUCAAGGACGGCGAGCCCGUGCGCACGUCUCCCUCGGACAACAAGUCGCACCGCGUGCUGCUGCCGGCCGGCUCGCUCUUCUUCCUGCGGGUGGUGCACGGCAAGAAGGAGCAGGACGGCGGCGUGUAUUGGUGCGUGGCGCGCAACACGGCCGGCCAAGCCGUCAGCCGCAACGCCACCCUCCAGGUCGCAGAAAGUUGUCGAGUUGAAUUGCAGGAGCCACAGGACAUGCGCUUCCGACAUGAUACCGUGUAG